AUGUCGGCCCAAGACCGCGCCCAACAAUACAUCACUCAGCUCGAUCGUGAGCUGAGCAAAUACCCUGCUCUCAACAACCUCGAGAAGCAGACAGCUGUUCCCAAGGUUUACGCCGUCAUUGGCGUUGCCACUCUCUAUCUCUUCUUCAUUAUUUUCAACCUCGGUGGCCAAUUGUUGACCAACCUCGCUGGUUUCGUCAUCCCCGGUUACUACUCUUUGGCCGCUUUGUUCAGUGCCAGCAAAACCGACGAUACUCAGUGGCUUACAUACUGGGUUGUCUUUUCCUUCUUCACCGUUAUUGAGAGCCUUAUUAGCGUAGUCUACUGGUUCCCUUUCUACUACACAUUCAAGUUUGUGUUCUUGCUUUGGCUGUCCCUUCCCGCUUUCAGCGGCGCCCAACUUAUUUUCCGAUCUUUCAUGCAACCUAUGCUCUCGCGCUACUUCUCCGAGUCCGGCUCGACCGCUGCCAAUCUUCGUGCCAAGGCCGACUCUCUGGGCAAAGACCAGUAG